CUCAACUCAGCAGCAAGGAUCCAAAUCAAUCCUUGGAAUUGAUUGAAGGCAUUGGGGAUUCAGUUUUGAGAAAACAAUGACAACACCCAGAAGUUCUAAGAGUGGAACUUUCCCGACAGAACCUCCGAAAGGCCCUAUGGCCAUGCAUCCCUUUCAAGGAAGCAUUCCCAAGAAGACGUCUCCAAUGAAGGACCCCACAGAGAAGUUCUUCAUGAGGGAAUCCAAGGCUCUGGGAGCUGUGCAGAUUAUGAACGGACUCUUUCACUCUGCCCUCGGUGGCCUCCUGAUGGUCCACUCCAAUGUUUAUGCACCCAUCUGUAUAACUCUGUGGUACCCUUUCUGGGGAGGGAUUAUGUAUAUCAUCUCUGGAUCACUGUUGGCAGCAGCAAAGACAAACUCCAGGGGAUGUCUGGUCAAGGGGAAAACUGUAAUGAAUUCAUUGAGUCUCUUUGCUGCAAUUUCUGGAAUAAUUCUGUUGAUCAUGGACAUAUUUAAUAUUACAAUUUCCCAUUUUUUUAAAAUGGAGAGUCUGAAUCUUAUUAAAGCUCCUGUACCACUUGUCAAUAUACACAAAUGCGAACCAAUUAACCCCUCUGAGAAAAAUGCUAUAUCAACCCAAUACUGUCACAGCAUACACUCUGUAUUCUUGAGUAUUUUUGCAGUGAUGUUGAUCUUUGCCUUCCUCCAGAAACUGGUGACAGCUGGUGUCGUUGAGAAUGAGUGGAAAAGUCAGUGCUCCAGACCCAAAACUAAUGUAGUUCUCCUAUCAGCUGGAGGAAGAAAAGAAGAGCAAAUAGAAAAACCAGAAGUGAUUGAGAUGACACAAAUACCUUCCCAACCCCCAAAUGAAGAAGGCGUUGAAAUUAUUCCAGUCCAAGAAGAAGAAGAAAUAGAAGUAAACUUUCCAGAACCUCCCCAAGAUCAGGAGUCCUCACCAAUAGAAAGCGACCCCUUAAAUUAAUUUUUCUGUUUUCUCUUUUUUUCAGCAUUAGUACUCAUAUUCACCCCAGUAUCUUGGGGGGGGACCCUAUUUGUGUCCUUCACAUCGCUCAGGACUUUGCAAGGAAUAGUCACAGCUCUGACUCAUGCAUUCUCACCAUCAGAGAAUAUUCUCCUUGAGACAGAGUAGGCUGUCAUUUCUCUGUUUGCAGCAGUUUCCUUAUCUUCAGAAGUGCAGAAUUAGUGCUUAUGAAUGAAAUUUCUCACUCAAUUUUUUCCUUGGAUAAACAUUCUUAGAAGGAGUCAUGGUAAUGAUGGUGGUGAUAGACGUGAAGGUACCCAGAGUGACAGGCGCAGCUAGCAGCCAUCAGCAACUCCACUACCUAAAUGGGUAUUGAGAGAGAUACAUAUGAGUCAUAAAUCAAAAUUUAGGCCUUGGAAGAAAUAAAAAAAAAUGUAGGCAGUCACAUUUGGAAACAUACAACCUUACAGUUGUAUAUUAUAUUCUAUAAUGUACUAUAAACAUUCUCAAAAACUGCAUGCUUGAAUCUAACAUAAUGGAUUGCAAUGCUUUCUUUUUUCCUAGCUAGCCUAUUUCAAUUCAUUUUCAUCUGCUGCGUGCUGAGUGUUCUCAGUUUCUUGUAGGUAAAGAGAAAAUAUAA